AUGCUGUAUCCUAACAAAGACAGUGCGUGCUUCGAUAUGCUUGUUGAUAUAUUGAAUAGAGUCUAUCACCAACUGCAUUUCCUAUUGGCGCAAUGCCACAGCGGACCUAAGAGCGGUGGGUGGCGUGAUUGCUAUUAUGGCAACGGAGUUGCUGGAUCGGAUUGGCAGUGUAAUGACAAGCAAUGCCCCAAUGAAAGAGGUGAGCAAAAGCACAACCAAAACUGUGACCAAAAGUGUAACCAAACAGCUAACUGCGGAAUAAAAUCGCCACUUCAAUCAUUCCUUGAGGAUGGUCUGGUAGGCUUUCUACCGCAUCGACUAACCAACGUUGGAUGCGGAGUUAAAUGUUCGGUGACAAAUCAUAGAGGCCUUCCGUGUAAGACGCCAAUGGGAUUUGCAGACAUUGGUAUUGCAGCCUCACAUAUAAAAACAGGCGAAUAUAUGAAAAAAGCUCUCUAUAGUUUUUGCGGUCCUGAUUCUUACCUUCGUAAAAUUUGCGGCGCCAUAAACUGUCUCCUCCGACAGCCACCGCAGACGCUUGGCGAUAUGUUCAGUUUCUUCCAGGGUUACCUGUCAAACUGGAACGGCGGCGGUAAAAAGCAUAAACAAGAGGCAUUUGAAAGCGCUGUUAAAGAAGCUAACUUCAAUAAUGCCGGAACAAAAUUGAAUGUCACUUCCAUACAGCUAUCGAGUAACCAUAAGAGUCAUACUGCCGGUGAAUAUGAGCAUCCUACUGGUGAUCUGUUUAGUCUGCUGGAAUGCAAAGCAAAAUCAGCAUCGAAACCGAAUGUUCCCUGUGGCGCGUAUUUGCAGUCAAUCAGUUACGAUGUGCGUGUGGUGUAUUCUAAGGAAUAUGCCGGCCAUUAUUUGUCGUGGGUUGUCUACAUAUCGGAGACGUUUUGGGAUUUGCUCAAACAGUUGUAUGAACAGUGCUGCCGUAACUGCAAUAAAGUAGGGUCACGAUGUCAUGACAGAAGUUGUGUCAAUGAUUGUCAAGUAAACAAAUAUUAUGCUUCUCCGAAACCCGAAUACAUCGAUAACAUUAGGCAUGAAUAUGCUUGCGGUUCCAUUAUUAAUUGCCGCGCUACCCAUGCAGCUAUAUAUGCAUUGGGGUUCACUUUUGGUAGCCCACAUGAACUGAGCGGUGAAAAAGAGAGGAAAACAAAACGCACGUGCCAAGAUCUCUGCACCGCGCUGAAACACAUAUGCUCCGACGGUUCUGUGCUCGCACGACUUGUCCAUGAAUAUAUUCCCAAAUUCCUGUGGGAAAUCAGGGAGAAAUUCUUCUGGACCACUGUCGCACUCUGGCUCCUCUCUCUCUUGUACCUCAUCCACAUCAUGGUCAUCCGCCUCGAUCUCCUCCACAUCAAAUCGCAUUUGCACUCACCAUCAUCGCAUCGCAUCGCUGCUCAAUCACUACUUGCCGCGGCACGUGUUAACAAGCUUAACAGGGUGUUUUAUCUACAACCAUAA